AUGGAGGCAAUCUCGCGAGAUCUUGGUGAGCAGAAGAACAAGACUCCGAUCCUCCGUGAUAAUGGAGGAGGUCCUGCCAUGCAGACGCCUGCGAUCCACAUGGAUGAUGCACUCGAUGAGGGUGUCUCGAGCCUCUCUAGCUCCAAGCUCUCUGCCACAGGACCACCCUUCGACCCGGAACGAGAAGAUUCGAAGAUCACGGCAGCGGAGGAGGCUGGACCAGCCAAAGGAACUCUACCCGCUGCAGUUCCCCACCGCAUCAAACACAAGCUGUCCAUCGCCCAUCGCCUAUCGUGUACUUGGACCUGCACUUGCUCCAGAGACCUUUCCUCCCCCCAAAUUGUCUGGUCUCGGUGUGAUGUGAUGAUCCACGAGUCCACAAACCCACCCACCCCUCUCCAACUCAGCUACAACACCCUCUGCUCGGCCCAACCAGAUCUCUGCUACAAACGCCCAACCUUGUCCGCAAACUACGCCCGCGUCUGCGUCUGCGCCUAUCUUGGGAGAUCAUUCCUCCACAUCGUCGCUUCGUCCCCAACCUCGCGUGCAGUCGCCGCGUGA